AGAGAGGGAGCGAGAGAGAGGGAGCGAGAGAGAGGGAGCGAGAGAGAGGGAGCGAGAGAGAGGGAGCGAGAGAGAGGGAGCGAGAGAGAGGGAUCAAGAGAGAGAGAGAGAGAGAGAGAGAGAGAGAGAGAGAGAGAGAGAGAGAGAGAGAGAGAAAGAGAGAAAGAGAGAGGGAGAGAGGGAGAGAGGGAGAGAGGGACGGGGGGGGACAAGAGAGAAACGAGGUUUUCCCCCUUCCGGCGGAGGAGCUGGGGCGUCAACUGGGGGCGGCGCGGGCGGAGAGAUCUCGGGGGAAGGCGUGGGCGGAGAGAUCUCGGGGGAAGGCGUGGGCGGAGAGAUCUCGGGGGAAGGCGUGGGCGGAGAGAUCUCGGGGGGUGGCGUGGGCGGGGGAACGGGGGGCAAGGAUGGAGUGGGGGCAGGCGCGGGCGCGGGUUGCGGAGCGGGGACAGGGGGAGGGAUGGGCGGAGCGAUGGGCGAAUUGAUGAACGCGGGCGCGGGCGUCGGUGAGGGCGCGGGCGUCGGGGAAGGCGCGGGCGUUGGGGAAGGCGCGGGCGUUCGGGCCGGCGCGGGCGUUGGGGAGGGGGACAGAGUAGGCUCCGGAGCGGGUGCAGCGACUGGGGGAGGAGGGGGCGGGGAGGCCUUGGUUGGGGGAGGGGAGGCCUUGGUUGGAGGGGAGGCGCUGGUUGGAGGGGAGGCGUUGGUAGGAGGGGAGGCGUUGGGGGGAGGGGAGGCCUCGGGGGGAGGGGGGGGCUUGUGGGGCGGAGGCGGCGGUGACUUCCCUAGGGAUGGGGCGACGAGAAGCGCGAGGAGAACGAACAGCACUUGGAUAUGCGCAGAUCCGCGCGCGCGCGCCAUGUUUCCGCUCGCGUGCAAUGCGCUGCGCGAUGCGCACGUGACUGCGGAAAAGGCCCGGCGAGAGUAUCACCGCGAGAUUUGCGGCGGGGAUAAGGCUGCAAGCGCGGACCCUGACCCGACAAGAUGGCUGCGGCUCCGCAGCAAUGGGGCCUCAGUGAGCUUUGAGCUGAUCGAACCUCAGGCACAGCAGCCUUUAGCUAGGUUGGCAAAAAAUUCAGGGGUGCUGGGAUUUGAAGGAAUGAGUGGUGUGGUGUGGAUGAGAAUGGAGGAGGGCAGGUAG